UGAUAUAAAUAUUUUUUAUGAUCUAAUUAAAAAAGUAACAAAUAACAUAUUUAAUACAAAAAUGGAAGUUCUUGAAUUAAAAGAUGUAAAACCAGUACCUGAUAUUAUUCAUCUUUAUCCAAAUAGAGUGAAAUCCGAAGCGACACCGCUUGUAAUAGAUAAUGGAUCGUACAAUUGCAGAGUUGGUUGGGCUACUGAGAAAGAACCUCAAUUAGUAUUUAAAAAUCUUAUCGCUAAACCACGCAAAGAACGUGGUAAAAAGGAUGGUGAACCUCAGGUUGGAAAUGAUAUAACUAAUAUUGAAGCUGUGAGAUUUCAAUUAAAAACACAAUUUGAUCGAAAUGUGGUUACACAUUUUGAAGCUCAAGAACAGAUAUUUGAUUAUACUUUCACUCAUAUGGGAAUAGAUACGGAAGGUGCAGUGAAUCAUCCUAUAAUUUUAACAGAAGCAUUUCUUAAUCCUAAUUAUUCAAGAAAUUUGAUGGCGGAACUUUUAUUUGAAUGUUAUAACGUACCUGCAAUAGCUUAUGGAGUGGAUUGCUUAUUUUCUUAUCAGCAUAAUAAUUGUCCGUCUGAUGGUUUAAUAAUUAGUAUUGGAUAUCAUACUACACAUAUAAUACCUAUAUUAGAUGGUAAAGCGGAUCCUGUAAAUUCAAGAAGAAUUAAUGUUGGUGGAUACCACAUUACAUCUUAUAUGCAUAGAUUGCUUCAACUCAAAUAUCCUGUUCAUGUUAAUGCUAUAACACCUAGUCGAGCAGAGGAGUUAAUACAUGAACAUUCAAUGAUAGCUUUAAACUAUCAAGAAGAAACGUCUAAGUGGGCAGAUCCGGAUUAUUAUGAUAUGAAUGUAUUAAGAGUACAAUUACCGUAUGUUGCUCCUGCAAAUGCACCUGGUUUAACAGUUGAACAACAAAAAGAAAGAAAACGGGAAUUAGCUAGAAGAUUAAUGGAAAUCAAUGCUAGAAAAAGAGAAGAAAGAUUGGCAGAAGAUGAAGAACAAUUAAAUCAAUUAUUAGCCGUUCAAGAUUUACUAGAAGAAGGUGAAACAGAUGAAUUCGAUCAAGCAUUGAAAACUUAUUCUCUCGCAAACGAAGCAGAUUUAAUAAAAAUGAUUAAUAAUUUGCAAGCAAAGGUAGAAAGAACUAGGCAAAAAAUAGUAGCGGCUAAUUCACAGGAGGAAAAUAUCGCGAUGGAAGAACAAAAACCAAAAAUAAAAUCGAGUCUACAACCUAAAGAUCAACAAGAUUUUGACGAAUGGAUCGCUAGUGUACGAAAGAAAAGGCAAGAAAUAUUAGAAAGACGAAUGGCUAAAAGACAACGUAGACAAGAUAUGGCAAAACGCAGAACAGCAGCCGCGCAAGAAAGAAUGCGAAUAAUAAGCCAAUUAGCAAGAAAAGAAAAACGCGAUGAUGAUUUUGGCAUGAGAGACGAAGAUUGGGAUGUUUAUAAAGUUAUAAAUAGGGAAGGUGGGGAUUCAGAUUCAGAAGUAGAACAAGAAAAACUUAUGGAAUUGGAAGAUGUGUUACGACAUCAUGAUCCAGAAUUUGACGGUGCUGGAUCUAAUGUCCCUAUGGUUCCUGGAGAAACUCAUCAGUUACACGUGGGAGUAGAACGUUUGAGAGCACCAGAAAUAUUAUUUCAACCAUCUAUGAUAGGCUCCGUGGAAGCAGGCAUUGCAGAAACAAUCGAAUUCGUUUUGAAGCUUUAUCCAUCCGAACUGCAAUCGCGACUCGUAGGAAAUAUAUUUCUUACUGGAGGUCCAACGAAAUUUCCUGGUUUACUUGAGAGAUUAAAUCGAGAACUUCGCGAAAUGCGACCAUUUGGAUCAAAUUUUCAGAUAAAUAUAGCAAAAAAUACCAGCAUAGACGCGUGGUAUGGCGCAAGGGAUUUUGGUCUAAAUGGAAAUCUUCCUGAAUUUUUAGUAAGCAAAAAAGAAUACGAAGAAAAAGGUGGUGAAUAUUUUAAGGAACAUUCGACCAGUAAUACUUACACUCGAUCUCCUGAUCCUUUACCUACAGUACAGACUCCUGUAACAUCAGAGCAAGUGAUAGUAGAAGAUGCUGUUGUAGACGUUGAAAUGGAAUAAAAAAAAAAAAAAAAACAAGUUUUAUAUUAAUUAUUAUAGAAUAAAAUUUAUCUAAACGUAAGAUUCGUACUCGAUCGUUUUUCCUUUCUUUAUUGGAAAGUGAGAAGAAUAAAGAAUACGAAUGCUUUUUUUUGUUAUGGAUAUCUACUUUAUUACACAAGUGUUUCCGUUUGUUCAUUCAAUCACGAACAAACUACAUUGUAGUCUGUUUGCUGAUCACAAUGUACAGUUCCAAUCAAUCAUCGCCAUUUCAUCGUCAUUCAAAGAUAAUUAUGCGGGUACAUUCUGGCUUUUUUUUUUUUCAUUUAUUUAUCGAGAAUAGUCGACAUUCGCUUAUUUCUUCGGCGUUCGUCGAAUAAGCUAAAAAAAAUUGAGAAAGUGAUCCGUCAUCUCAGCAAGGAUUUACUACAGCGACCUCGAAAAAUUCUCCCACAUCAUUAUUCAUAGCUUAAGUUAACAUCACAAUACAAUUAUUAUAUAUGUAUGUAUAUAUAUAUAUAUAUGUAUAUUGAAAAAAUAUUACGAAGCCCUAUAGGCAAUUAUAUUACAGCUAAUUAUAAGUGAUUCUUUUGUGUUUCUAAUAAAGGAACAUACCGUAUGUAAACUUAUGUUCGUUUCGAACUUUUCACACGUUACAACAUAAGAAAAGGAGAAACGAUUGGAUUAGUUUUUUCUUAACUCGAAGAAAAAAAAAAAAAAAAAAAAAGAAGAAA